CCCCCAUCGCCGGAAUUCUCUCUCCUUCAACGACAAACUUUCUCCCCACCCAUCCGAAGGAAGAAUUCAAGUCAAGAUGGCUCCCGCUAACCUGCCGUCCAUUUUCAAUGCCACCAGCCAGGACAUCGAGAUGCUCCUGGCGGCCCAGUGCCACCUUGGUUCUAAGAACCUUCAGGUGCACAUGGAGUCCUACCUGUGGAAGACCCGUGUCGAUGGUGUGAACGUCCUCAACGUUGGCAAGACCUGGGAGAAGAUUGUCCUCGCUGCCCGUAUCAUCGCCGCCAUCGAGAACCCCGCCGACAUUUGCGUCAUCUCUGCCCGUCCCUACGGUCAGCGUGCCGUCCUCAAGUUCGCCAGCCACACUGGUGCCUCCCCCAUUGCUGGACGCUUCACCCCCGGUAGCUUCACCAACUACAUCACCCGCUCUUUCAAGGAGCCCCGCCUGAUCAUCGUCACCGACCCUCGCACCGACGCCCAGGCUAUCAAGGAGGCCAGCUACGUCAACAUCCCCGUCAUUGCCCUCUGCGACACCGACUCCCCCACCGAGUACGUCGACGUUGCCAUCCCUACCAACAACAAGGGUCGCCACGCCAUUGGUACCGUCUGGUGGCUCCUUGCCCGUGAGGUCCUCCGCCUCCGUGGCACCAUCUUCAACCGCGAGACCCCCUGGGACGUCAUGGUUGAUCUGUACUUCUACCGUGACCCUGAGGCCGAGGCCGAGGAGAAGGUUGAGGAGGAGAAGCUCGUCACUGGCGCUGAGGAGGAGGCUCCCGUUGCCGUCGAGUCCGCCUUCCCCGCCGCCGGUGCUGGUGACUGGGACGCUCCCGCCCCCGGCUUCGCUGGUGCUAACGCCGCCGCCGCCGGCUGGGACGGUGCCGGUGCCGCCCCUACUCAGGACUGGGCCGCCUCUGGCACCCAGGAGUGGGCCACCGAGACCGCCAAGGAGAGCCAAUGGUAGAGAAAUCCUGGAGCUGCCGAGGCAGUCCAGGCUCAAGAAGCAUCUGGACAGGAAGGAGAACAAGCACCGGGAGCUUAUUCUUCGGAAUGGUAAUUUUGGCGAUUUGAUCAUCAGCAUCAAGGGCAACACAAAAAAUGGAGGCAGGUUUCUGUUGGCGAGCUCGUUGUGCAACAGUGGAAGGAUCUCGGAAUUUGGGUCUAAGUGUGCAGCACUGAUGAGGGAAAGAUACUCUUCCUUCUUUCUCAUCAGAAAGGGAGGAGGGAAGAGGGAAAGCCCUGUGCGGCCGCUGGGGUGGACUUGAUCGUUACCUCGCUCAAUGUCUCUGAUUUCUUCUGCAGUGGCAUAUAGGGAAGCCUUUUAUUUAAACAGCCGGUCGACCAGUAGUGAAAGAAAAAAAGAUCUUAAACACAUACCCUUUAAUUGCUAUUCUACACCUGUAAUGUCUAAUUUAAACUCCAUGUGCAGUGAGUCUGACUUGCUCUAGUAACGAAUAAUUCACGUAGAGUACUGCAAAAGCUUGCCUUCCACCAAUGACUUUAUGACUUUUAAGAGAGAAUUUCUUUAUAUUCUAUAUGCAACUCGGAUCUCAGCCGAGUGUCGAUUUAUAUAUACUUUCAUCUUUCAAACAAAAAGCUGUAUAUAUAUGUCCCUAUACGCUAAUCAUCCCAAAUUUAUCCACAAUGCCCUCCAGUAUUGAUUGGUAUCUAAAGUUUCCCCUUUCCUAUUUGUUAUAUCCUUCUUAUUACUCCCACGCCCGAAAAAAACAAAAAGAAAAAGACAGAAGUCAUCAUGCAAGAAGCUGAAAAAAAAAAGGAGUCAGGAAAAAGAGGAUUAAUACAAGAUCAACUGAUAAGAGAUUCAUAGCCUGAUCAACAGAGUAAAGGAAAAGGGAGUCUUGCUCAAAGUGUAGGUAGUAGCCAAAUAUUGGACAAAAGUAGUGGAAAUAGUGAUGGCAACAUCGGUACUAGCCGGUGUUUUUUGUGCAUCCGAUUUUGAAGUGCGUUAUGUGGUAUCGACUUUUGCGAAUGCCCUCUUAUAUAGACGGAGAAUAAAACAAAUAGAAAGGUAUGUUAGAUGAAGGGCAGCGAAGAGAAUCAUGCCACGCUAUUAUAGUCUUAGU